AAAGCAAACAAUCUGUUAUUGACGUCGACGUCGGCAGCACAAUUGUUGUUGUUAUUCCAUUUUGGACAGCACCUGCAAUUUCAGUUGUAGUUUCAGUUUUAGUUUUUGGUUCUCGGCGAACGGACGCGCCUUUGGAUAGUACAUAUUACCUACCUAUAAUAUAUUUUUCGUUUAUUUGCGAUGCUAAAAUCGAUAUUGGCCGUGGUCCGUUUGCACCUGGAGGAGCUGUGGCUCAGGAUCCUGGGGUACAUCAUGCGCCGGUUCCUGCGCUCGGCCAUGAUUGUCUUCAGCUGGUUCGUGGUUCCCUACAGCCGGUACACCAACAUCAAGGUGAUCCGGCGCAAGUUGCCGCCCAUCCGGAGCCACCUGCUCGAGAUACCCGCCGUCGACCUGGCCAAGCUGAUUCGCACCAGAAAGAUUAAAAGCGAAGAAGUCGUGGAAGCCUAUAUCGAACGAUGUCGACAGGUAAAUCCGCUGAUAAAUGCCAUCGUGCAGGAUCGCUUCGAGGAGGCUCUGGAGGAGGCCCGUGAGAUAGACAACGUGAUAGCCAUGGGCAUCAACAGCGUGGACUCGAUGGAGGAGCUGACGCCGCUGCUGGGCAUUCCGGUGACCGUGAAGGAGAGCAUCGCCGUCAAGGGGAUGACCAACCAGGCGGGUCGCGUCUUCAAAACGCCGCAGAUAGCCAAGUCGGAUGCGCCGGUGGUGGAGCAGAUCAAGCGCUCCGGCGGCAUCAUUCUGCUGGUGUCCAACACACCGGAGCUCUGUUUGCUCUGGGAGACGUACAACAAUGUGACGGGUCAGACGAAGAAUCCGUAUGACCUGAAGCGCACGCCGGGCGGCUCCUCGGGCGGCGAGGCGGCCCUCCUGGCCAGCGGUGCCUCCCUGCUGGGUCUCACCUCGGAUAUAGGUGGCUCCUCCCGCCUGCCGGCCAUGUUCAGUGGCAUUUGGGGGCAUAAGCCCACGCCCUAUGCGGUCUCCUUCAGGGGUCAUCAUCCCACAAGUGACUUUCCCAAGUGGGGCGACUUCUUCACCAUCGCACCGAUGACCCGCUACGCCAAGGAUCUGCCGCUGCUGCUCAAGUGCAUGAGCGAUCCGACGGGUCCCAAGCUCACCCUCGAUCGGGCGAUCAGUGUGAAUGGGAUUCGAUUCUUCUUCAUGGACAACGACGGACCGUCCGGGAUGAUGCGACCCCUGAGCAGGGAUCUCCAUGCGGCCAUCAAUCGCGUGGCCAACGACUUCAAUGCGAAGCGGGUGAAUAUCCGCAAGAUGAAGUGGUCGCUGGACAUCUCGCUGUCGGCCAUGCUGACCAUGAAGAACAUCGAGACCAUCUACCACAAGACGGAGGAGGGCGAGCAGCCCAAGACCGUGUGCAAGGAGACGGUCAAGUACUUCUUCGGCUGCUCCGACAGCAUUUUGCCAUCGGUGAUCUUCGGGCAUCUACAGAACUUCAUGAAGAUCAUACCGAAUUCGCGGCACAAGCAUUUGGCCAGCAUCAUCGAGGCGCUCAAGACUGAAUUCAAGGAGAUGCUGGGCAACGACGGCGUCUUCCUCUACCCGACCUUUCCCAACACGGCGCACCAGCACUAUCAGAUUUACCACAAGCUGCUGGAGCCCAUGUACAUGGCGAUCUUCAAUACGCUUGGCCUGCCCGUGACCAACUGCAUGAUCGGUCUGGACCGGCGCAAUCUGCCCAUGGGCAUCCAGGUGGUGGCGAAUCCGGGUCAGGAUCAUCUCUGCCUGGCGGUGGCGCGGGAAAUGGAGAGACGCUACGGUGGAUGGGUGCGUCCUCCAUCCGAGGAGAGCCACAGCAACAGCAGCAGUGGGAGCAGCAAGCAGCGUGGCUAGGAGGCUUCAGCUUUAUCCUGUGCGUGAUUCAAUUGUACUUUGUUUUGUUUUUAGCUAAUUGAAGAAGAGACUUUAAAUGGAUCUAGACAAAUCACUGUUAUCAGCCGGAAACUGGUUGAAUGGUAGAAAGGAAUCCCUAGAGCAACCUCUUUAUCAUCACAUCACACUAUUAAAAAAAACAAAUAUCAUUCGGGACCUUCGAAAUUUAAAAAUCCCUCCCUCCUAUCGCGCCCAUUACCCAUUGUAUUAAAUUAUUGUCAAAAACUCCUCCUCAGAGCGCUUGUACAUCGUAUUCGUAUUCGUAUUAUCUUUACCUAUAUGUAAAUAUUCGUCUAGCAUCUAAGUGUUAGGUUUAUGUCGCGCAAAGAUCCGGCAAAGAUCGAUAAAUAUAACCAGUAUGUGUAUGUACGUUUUGUAGCAUCUCGUUUAAACUUUAAACCAACUUUACAACUUUACGACUUUUGCAAAGAACCAAAUUCGUUGAAUAAAUACGUAACAGACAAAAUAUUAA